UAUACUGAUAACUCGAAGGAAGCGAACUUGGAGCAGUAGAAUCAAAAUCCGAAUAUUACAUUCAGAUCGUUUAUGCUAACAGUUCUGUGCCGGUAGAAAAAGAACGAGUAGCGCAGAUAAUGUAUCUACGCAAAAUUGUAACCCAGGGUGUGCGAUGUUUCGCCACCGAGGCCAAACAUAAACACAUCGAGAAUAUGGUAAAAAAGAGUAAAGUAGUUGUGUUCAUGAAAGGAGUACCUGAUGAGCCUCGUUGCGGUUUCAGCAAUGCGGUCGUACAGGUGAUGAAAAUGCAUAAUGUACCCUUUGAUGCGUACGAUGUCCUUCAAGACGAAAGCUUACGACAGGAAAUCAAGGAUUUUUCGCAAUGGCCAACUAUUCCUCAGGUCUACAUUGAUGGACAGUUUGUCGGUGGUUGCGACAUUAUCAUGGAUAUGCAUAAAAACGGUGAUCUCGUUGAGGAAUUGAAAAAAGUUGGUAUCCGAUCAGCGCUACAGGACCAGGAACCUCCAACGAAAAAAUAAGCGACCUAUGUAUGGAGUUAGCCAGGAGCUAGAUAAUUAUCGCACUACGGCAAUGUCGCCGUAUCAUGUAGAUAUUGCAAAUUGUUCUGCUACUGCUAUG